GAACCCUCUAUGCUCAGUGGGUGGGACGACAGCAACCGAGCCUUCCUUCAGGCGCUAUUGGGCCGCGGCGCGCUGACCUUUCAAGAGGCCCAGCGCAUUAUUGCCGCCAUUCUCUCCGCAGGCGAUGUGGCACAGGAGGAGGCGGUCAAGCCGAGCGACGUCAACGAAGACCUGGUCCGGCACUACAUCAGCAAGGCCCGCGAGGCCGUUGCGCCGCUCGACUAUGACAUCCGCAGCACACUGCACCAGACCACACGUGAGCGGAUAUGGGCCUUUGUCAACGCCCACAGCGACCCUGCCACCCAGAUGGCGACGACGCGCACUGCUGACGAGCUCGCGUUCAUCAAGAGGGUGCUCGAUGCCAUGUUCGAUACCUACAACACCCCGAGGCAGGAGGUCAUGGCCGUUACGGCAGCACAGGCAAGAAAGGUCGCCAGACCACCACCGCCGCCUCCCAGGGAGGGCCAAGGCAGUGACGCAGAAGGAGAGGCCUCGCAGCCGCAACGCACAGCCCCCAGGGGACUGAAGCACAGCGAGAUCGAGAAGCUGCUGCCGAGCAUGGUGGGGGAGGGCUGGUUCGAGUGGAGCCCCGCGGGCUUCUACAGCCUGAGCGCGAGGUCGCUGAUGGAGCUGAAGACAUGGUUGCAGGAUACAUACAAUGACCCAGAGGCCGCGCCAGGGGAAUGGCAGCGCAUCAAGUUCUGCGAGGCAUGCAAGGAGAUUGUCACGAUGGGCCAGAGAUGCCCGGAGCGUGACUGCAACGCGCGACUACACGAUAUCUGCGCAGACGUUUUCUGGCGCACCAGAAGAGGUGGACACAAGACCUGCCCGAGAUGCGAGACGGCCUGGACGGGCGGGAAUUUUGUGGGCGAGAGGUCGGUCACGGAGACGCCUGCAGCGCAUCGUCAGGUCGGCAGGGCCAGUGGCUCGUAGAGAGAUCAAGAUGCGUCCAUGGACCUCGGGGAAGGCGACGAUGGCGGCCAAUAGGACAAAGGUGAUGGCUGAACACAGUCCUGUAAGCUUAAGAGAGAUCCUGCAGUUGAGGCUUCCUGCAUCUCGAGCAUGGGAGACCUCUCUCUUUAUGGCAGCUAUUUCUGAUGUCGGAUUCUGACGAUUGACGAAAAGGAGACUUACGACUUCUCCAGAGAGGAUGGAUUGCCCGACUGUUAUGUCUUUGUAUCAUUAUUACAAAAGGCUAGGCUCGAGGAAUCAUAGUGACAGAAUAAUUAAGAUACCCCAUUGCCAAAAUCAAUUGGCAUUUUCACAUG